AUGUGUGAUAUGCCCCAAAAUCACCUUGCUUGGCCUCCUUUAUUGCGCGACCCGCGGGACUUCGAGAACGAUACCGAGAAGGAAGGUUUUGACCGACGUAUUCUUCUUUCGCUUGAUCGUAAUGCCGAAGAUAAUCUUCUCCAAGCAAGAGUCCAGACGGUGGUCCGCAAUAUGUCGUCUUAUCUGUGGAAAUUGCUCUCGGAAACUCUGCAUGAUUCGAUUCGCACGAGUAUGGAGAGGGUUGCGCAAAAAGCGGCUGACUUUUGGCUUCCAAUCCAACGAGCUCAGCAGAAAUAUGAGACAGGCCCAUAG